AUUCAAGUUCAGGGUAUGAGUGAUCAAAUGCUGUUAUACAAUCAAAAGUAAAAAAAAUCAGGUAUCAAGAUAAACAACUUAUUUUAUAAUUAUGCCUGUACCUAGUCAAGAAGAAACAAAUGUAAACCAACCAGAAGGGAAUCAAGCUACCACUUCAAACAAUGCAGCAGAUGGAGAUCACAAUGAAGGUAAUAGAGGUCCAACGGUGAAUGAUAUAACAAUAAUUGACCCAGACUGUUUAGAAUUAGACUUAAAUCAUGGCAGGGUUGAUAAACUUCAAAACUUUGAACCACUUACAUGCAUUGAAAGGCUGUAUUUAAGAUGGAAUCUAAUUACAAAGAUUGAAAACCUGGAUACCCUUACAACUCUAAUUGAGCUGGAGUUGUAUGACAAUCAAAUCACAAAAAUUGAGAAUUUGGGAUGUUUAGUAAACUUGGAAAUUCUCGAUUUAUCCUUCAACAGGAUAAAAGCCAUAGAGGGAUUAGAAAACUUGGCCAAGUUGAAGAAACUCUUUCUUUCUUCAAAUAAGAUCACAAAAAUUGAAAAUUUAAGUAACAUUUCAAGUUUGGAUUUGCUGGAGUUAGGAGAUAACAAAAUAAGAGACAUUGAAAAUCUUGAUGAAUUGACUUCGCUUCGGCAGCUAUAUCUUGGCAAAAAUAAAAUUACUAAAAUUAAAAACCUGGACAACCUCAAGAACUUGACAUGCUUAAGUCUUCAGAGCAAUCGACUAACUGCUAUAGAAAAUUUGGAAAAUUUAAAAGAGUUGUCUGAACUUUAUUUAUCUGAAAAUGGUAUUGAAAAAAUAGAAAAUCUUGAUGCAAAUACAAAAUUAGAAACAUUAGAUUUGGCCCAAAAUAAGAUCAAGUCGAUUGACAAUAUUUCACAUUUGACUGAAUUGGCCGAAUUUUGGUGUAAUAGAGAUAUUGAUAAUUUAUAA